CUGAAUGUGGAAGCACGGCUGGCAAUGAAGGGGUAUAAAACCUGACUCUGGGAUAACGGGCAAGGAGAACAACAAGAACAGAGGACCUGCUGCACUGUGGAUCCCCAGAACGAGCCAGCCUGAGUAUUACCCUUCAGACGAUCACAAUGAGUCGCAGCCCGGAGAGAAUAUCCUCCUACCGCCGUCACUUUGAGGACAGCAGCAUCUCGGCCUACCAGGUCAGGGUGUCCAGUCCGUCCCCCACCAGGAGAGAGGUCCGUCAUGCCUCCACCGGCUAUUCUACCAGAGCCAAGUCCAGCAGCAUGUGUGUGGACUCGGUGGGACGAAGGACUGUGUCUGCUUCACGCAGGUCACGCAUGACUGGAGUUGGAGGAAGCGCAGGAGCCAUGGUAUGCGUUGGGCCCGGUGGAGAACGUCCCAUGGACCUGGAUGCUGCAGCAGCUGAGAACCAUGAGUUCCUCAGCACCCGCACAAAUGAAAGACAAGAGAUGAUCGUCCUCAAUGACAGACUGGCUGUUUACAUCGAAAAGGUUCGGUCGCUUGAGCAGAAGAACAAGUUACUGGAGGCAGAGAUUCAGGCCUACCAAAACAGGUUUGAGAAGCCUUCUGGUCUGCGCUUGCUCUACGAGGAGCAGCUGAAGGAGCUCAUGAAGAUUGCUGAUAAGAUGAGAGUCCAGCGGGACAUUUCUUUGGCUGCUAAGGAGGCUGCAGCCGGUCAGCUGGAGGCAAUCAAAUUCAAAUACGAGGAGGCCGUGGAGCUGAGGAAGAAGGCUGAGUUUGACAUCGAAGCCUUCCGUCCAGAUGUUGACAAAGCUACCUCCUCCCGCAUCGCUUUGGAGAAAAAGCUGGAGCAGCUGGAGGUUGAAAUUGAGUUCCUGAAACGGAUCCAUCAGCAGGAGAUUGAAGAGCUCAUGAAGCAGAUCUAUGCGGCUCACGUCUCAGCUGAGAGCGCCUUCGCUCUGCCCGACCUGGCCGGAGCUUUGAAACAAAUCCAAACCCAAUACGACGACAUAGCGGCCAAAAACCUUCAGGAAAUGGAUUCAUGGUACAAAAACAAGUUUGAAGAUUUAACCAAAAAGACGUCAAGACACGUGGACACAGUUCGAAGUGUCAGGGAGACAAUAGCUGGAGCCAAGAAGGAUAUCCAAUCCAAAGAACGUGACUUGGACUCCCUGAGGACCAGAAACGAAGCCCUAGAAGCCCAGAUUCGAGAGGCACAGGAAAAGUACAAGAAGGAACUGGAAGAGCUGCAGGCUCGGAUCGAGGCCCUGCAGCUUGAGCUAAAAUCUACUAAGGAGAAAAUCGCCCUGCACCUGCGUGAGUACCAGGAACUUUUAAACAUCAAGAUGGCUCUGGAGAUUGAGAUUACGACAUACAGAAAGCUAAUUGAGGGAGAAGACCUGCGGCUCUCUGGCAUGAUGAAAUCCCUCUCCAUUACCAGCUGUAGCAUGAGCGCCAUUGGUGCUGGGGUGAGCCUUAGUGGAGGAAGCAUCGAUGUAGGAAUGAGUGGGGGUAUGGUUGCAGGAGUCAUGGGAUCAGGCUCUGGCAUUGGAGAUCUUGGUGAUCGAAGAGCUACUGAAGGUACCAGUCAUGUGCAAGGUACUGCUGGUAGAGCAGGCGUUGCUGUCAUGGACGCCAGUCAAGACCUGGGAGGUGGAGGUGUCAGAGCGGGUGAUGGGAGUCUUCACACUGAGGGUGGAAGUGGAGGAUUGAGAGCUGCUGGUGCGAGUAGUUUAGGUUCUGGAAGCUUUGGUCCUGGUCCUACCAGAGGUGACCAUGUGGGCUCUGGCGCUAGUGUCUCAGGCAAUGGUCCUGAGGGCUUGAGCUCUGGCGUUGCAGGUUUGGGUACCGAUGUUGGUGGUGAGGGGUUCGGCCCUGCGGGCAUGGGAGACAGAAGUGGAGUGCGUGCAGAUGGGUACAAUUCUAGUGGGGAUGGUGCAGCUGGAAUUGGUUUCAAAAGAGGACACAUUGGUGAAAUGGAAGGCAAGAGUGCUGGGUUGGAGACUGGUGUUGGUGGGGUUGGAUUUGGCUCUGGGGGCAUUGGUGACAGCAGUGGAGCCAAAAUACGUGCAGAUGGGGAAAUCUUGAGCUCAGCGGGUGGUAUAGGUGCAGCGGAAACCGGAUUACGAAGAGCAAACGGUGGUGAAACAGAUCUUAAGAGUGUUGGAUCUGGCACUGGUGUUAGUUCCACAGGCAUGCGUGACAGCAGAGGAGGUGCAGCACGCUUGGACGGUGACAUCUCAAGCUUGGCGGGUGGUAUAAGUGCAGCUGGUGUGGGACAUGGAAGAGGUGGUGCAACUGAGGGCAAGGGUGCUGGGGCUGAUGGUGAAAUAGGAGGAGAUGGUAGCACAGACCGUGGACUGAGUCCUUCUGAAACGCGGAGAGGAAUCUCAGGCUCUGCUGGAACUGCAGGGAAGGGCAGGGAUGAUGUAGGUGUUGCUUCGUCAGGCAGUGGGGGAGUUGGUAAAAUCGGUGGAGGGAAGGGUGACAUCAGUGGUGUCAAGAUUGGCUAUGGAUCGGACGGAUAUGACGCCAACACUGAGGCCUAUGUGGAGCAGGCUGUGGAGCUGACAGAGAGAAGAACAGUGCUUAUUAGAACGGUUAAAAAGGAGGAUGAUGUGCUGGAGAUGGACCACCAAGAACAGACCUACACCAUCACUGGCGCUGCAGAUGACUCCGAUGUCGAAUGAGGAACUCAAACUCCCUGUUGACCUUCUGUCGCUCUUAAACCUCCACUUGCCUCUGAGCUUUGCACUGACCAACAACCCAUGUUUGGGUGCUGACCUUUGCCCUUUCGCCUGGACAGCAAAAGUAUGAAUGACCUCUUGCUACACACUGAACCCUUCAGAUAGAACAGCUCACAUGAAACACUCACCAUGGCCUCUAGACUUUCAUUUGCCUCACACCCCCCCCCCCUCCUUGUUUUGUGACAUGCCAUAAAUAAAGUUACCAGCAUUCAC